AUGGCUUCGAUAGCAGCAGGCCUGUCUCAGGCUCUUCCGAAGCCAAAGUACAGCGGCGAAUACGAAGAAUCAAAGUCACAGCAACGCGGUCCCAGAAUUGUCGGCGCCGGCCAGAUCGACGAAACCCAAGUUGUCCUGAGGAGAACCGGACCACCACCGUAUGGAAACCGACAGGGCUGGCGACCGCGGGCACCAGAGGAUUUCGGCGAUGGCGGUGCCUUUCCAGAGAUCCCCGUUGCUCAGUAUCCCUGGGGCAAAGACGCCUCGAGCAAGUCGAACGCGCUAGUUGUCCAGGUUGAUGGAGAGGGCAAGGUCGACUACACAGCGAUUGCGCGACAGGGCCACAGCAGCGACCGGGUCAUCCACGCAUCAUUCAAGGACUUGAUCCCAUUGCGACAGAGGGCCGAAGCGGGCGAUCUCGACUUGUCACGACCGAGCAAGGAGGAGGUGGAAGCAACGGCGGAAAGGACCAAGAAUGCACUGGCUGCGCUGGUCAGCGGCGCCGUGGCGUCCCAGAAGCCCAAGAACAUCAACAUCAACACGAAGCGAGAGCCGACCUUUGUGCGCUACACGCCAUCGGCGCAGAUGGGAGACAACUCCAAGAAGCAAGACCGUAUCAUGAAGAUUGUGGAGCGACAGAGAGAUCCUAUGGAGCCACCCAAGUUCAAGCACAAGAAGAUUCCCAGAGGACCCCCGACUCCUCCUCCUCCAGUUAUGCAUUCGCCUCCCAGGAAGUUGACGGCCGAGGACCAGGAAGCAUGGAGAAUCCCACCUCCUAUUUCCAACUGGAAGAACCCCAAGGGUUUCACCGUCCCGCUCGACAAGAGAUUGGCCGCCGACGGCCGUGGUCUGCAAGACGUGCAAAUUAACGACAAGUUCGCCCAGUUCUCCGAAGCCCUCUUCAUGGCUGACAGACACGCCAGAGAGGAAGUCCGACAGAGAGCCAUGAUGCAACAAAGGCUAGCAGAGAAGGAGAAGGCACAGAAAGAGGAACAUCUCCGCCAACUUGCGCAGCAAGCCAGGGCAGAGCGCGCGGGCGGUGGACGGAGCAGGAGAUCACGAUCCCGGUCCUACAGCGGCUCCGAAUCUCGCUCCGGGAGCGACGACGACUCGGAGCGGGAGAGAAGGGAAGCGCGCAAGGAGAAGCAGCGCGAGGAGGAGCGCAAGUUCAGACAGUCGCGCAUGGGCGCGGAGAGGAGAGCGCAGGUCAUGGCCCGCGAGAUGGAUAGAGAUAUCUCGGAGAAGAUCGCGCUCGGUCUCGCCAAGCCCACGCAGUCUAAGGAGGGCAUGUACGACUCGCGCUUGUUCAACCAGUCUAGCGGUUUCGACAGCGGAUUCAACGAGGACAACCCGUACGACAAGCCGCUUUUUGCCGCCCAGGACGCCAUCAGCAGCAUUUACAGACCCCGUGCCAACGCGGAGGAUUUCGACGACGAGGCGGCGGGCGAGGGCGAGAUGGCGAGGAUCUCGAAAUCGAACAGGUUCGGCGAGGCCCUGGGUCGUGGCACGUUCAAGGGUACGGCUGAGGCGGAGGCGAGGGAAGGACCGGUGCAGUUCGAGAAGGACACGGGUGCGGAUCCCUUCAACGUGGACAAGUUCCUCAAUGAGGUGGAGAAGGACGGUGCUGCUUCCUCUUCGAACAAACGCGGCUUUGGGCUGAAUGACGGAGAGAGGGACUCGAAACGGACGAGGAUUGAUGAUGAUGAGGACUAA